AUGGAUGACUGGAAAAGUCGGCUUGUAAUCAAGAGCAUGCUUCCCCAUUUCGCCAUGGUGGGAAAUCAUCAGGAGCCCAGAAAGCUCCAGGAAUCGUCACAGGGAGCCAUUAAAAGGAGGCAAGAAAGAGAUCACUUCCAGUUUCCAGGCAUGGCUGAUGGAGGUUACCCUAAUAAGAUUAAGAGGCCCUGCCUUGAAGAUGUCACCCUUUCUGUGGGCUCAGGAGGCCAUCCUAGUACUUCCUGUGCAGAGCUGCAGAUGCCUCCAUUAACAAUGAACCCUAGCCCUGCGACUAUGGCAGUAGCUGGCCACUCCUUACUACUUGAGAAUAACCCUAUGAAUGGCAGCGUUAUGGAUGCCCCAUUUGAGGUGCCACCAACUACGGAGAUGGGGGUGAAAGGGCCCACCGUCCCUUACUAUGAGAAAGUCAACAGCACCCCAGCUGUGGACCAGGAACUUCAAGAACUACUGGAGGAACUAACAAAAAUUCAGGAGCCUUCUUCGAGUGAGCUAGAUCUUGAGAAGAUACUGGGCAGCAAGCCAGAAGAGCCACUGGUCUUAGGCAAUCUACCGGCAACCCUGGGCACCACUCCCAAAAUUUCAGUCCACCACAUGCCACACGUGGAGAGCCUGGGUUCCGGCAAGGAGUUUGCUUCUAGCUGCAGCCAAGUCACUGGCGUGCCGUUUCCAAUUCCGCCCUCCUCCACAGAGGUCAGCUAUUCGAUUCCUUCCAGUCGUAAGCAGAUGGUCUCACCCAGUUCCUCGACAGCUCAGGCCAAGAACCAGGCCCAGGCCAUGCUCCCUGUUAGUCUGCCGCCCCUACCAGCGCCCCAGUGGCAUCAUGCCCACCAGCUGAAGGCGCUGGCAGCCAGCAAGCAGGGAUCUGCUACAAAGCAUCAAGGGUCCUCCCCUACAUGGUCUGGCCUGCCUCCUCCAGGCAUCUCCCCACCUUACCGCCCAGUCCCAACGCCACACCCGCCAUCGCCUCCACCUCCGCCUGCGUUCAGCCCUCAGAGCCUCAUGGUGUCGUGCAUGGCACCCCACAGCUUGCCGGGUAGCAGCCUGCAAGGCUCUCCCAAUGCCUUACUCUCCAGCAUGGCACCCAACAGCAGUGGUGCCCUGGGGCCUGCCUUGCCCUGUGCUGCUGAGAAGCUCCCCAGCGCAACUCUCAGUCAGCAGCCGCAGUUCAGCCCACAGAGCUCCAUUCUCGCCAACCUGGUGUCAUCGACCAUCAAAAGCCCUCAGGGACACCUGAUGUCUGCUCUGCCCACCAACACCCCAGGCCCCUCCCCACCCUAUCGCCCAGAGAAGCUGGCCAGCCCAGGCUUGCCGCAGCAGUCCUUCACGCCACAGUGCUCCCGGAUCCGGAGCCUGACACCCACCAGCCAUCUGCCGAGCCAGCAGCCGCCAGCCAACCCCAUCUUUAAGCCUGUGACCAGCAGCUCAUCCAAAACCCUGAACGUGGGCAUGCAGCAAGGGAUGGUCAGCGCCAGCCCGGCAGCCCCCGAGCCAUUCACUUUUGGCAACACCAAGCCCUUGUCCCAUUUUGUCUCUGAGCCAGGCCCCCAGAAGGCACCCCCCAUGCCUGCCACCUCCAGGCGGCCUUCCCUGAUCCACUACCUGCCCCAGACAACACCAGCACAGGCCUCUGCUGUCACUGCCUCCUCGAGCAGCACUGUCACCUUGCAGCAGCAGCAGCAGCAGCAGCAGCAGCAGCAGCAGCAGCCUGACCCCUCUUCGUUCCUGCUGCAGCAGGUGAUGCAGCAGCCGCAGCGCUUUCAGCGCUCAGUGGCUUCAGACUCCGUGCCUGCUCUGCCCAGACAGCAAGAGAAACAGAGAUCAGGUCUUAUGGCAAUGACCCCUGAACAGCGAAGUGCAUAUUCCGCCCAACAGAUGAGUCAAUUUCAAGCCGUCCAAGAACAAGUCACCUCCAAGUGUAGCCGAACUAAGGCAAGCCCCACACCUAGCCAGCACAUGAUGCCAUCCAAUGUGACUCCAGGAAUGGGACCACCCACCAGGCACCUGAGCCCUGAUGGCAUGGGCGUGAUCUCAGCCACUUUGGAGAAACAGCAAAAGAUUAUCAAUUCCAGCCCCCAGUUUCCCAUACCCUCAUGCCUAGGCCAGAACCCCCUGGAUAGUCUUGGCUCUGUCUGCCAGAGUCCACAAAGUCCCAAGGCGACCCCUCCAGGAGUGCCACUACCCGGGUUCUGUCCUGACCCACUGGGCAGCCAGUCCCUGGGUCCCCACCAGCUCAGACAGCCCAGUGUACCCAAAAUGCCCACUGUGUUCAACAACGUUUCAUGGGUGGUAGCAGCAGCAGCAGCUGUAACCACAGCAGUUUCAAGGGAAGCAGCCCAGAGCCAAGUAGACAACAGCAUUCAGCAGCAGUUCGGAAGCAACUCGAUCUUCGCCAAGGCACCCACGAGAAUGUCCCCACUGGCCCCCAGGUUUCCAUCACAGCAGGCAAUUGUACCCCCCAAUCAGAUGGUCCUGGAAGGCAGGCCCGGCCAAAAGGUGGGUGCUGCCCUGGCCAACCCCAGCCUCAGCCUGCUGGGAAACCAGAGCCUCAGGCAGAGCCCCAUGCAGGGGCCCGUGCCUGUGCUGAAUGCCACCACGUCCCUCCAACAGGACCCCACCAGCUCUGGUCCCGCGAGUCCCAUACAGGGCAUUGAGCCACCAAGAGACAUGGCCACUGCUGCCGCCACCGCCACCGCCACCGCCGCUGCCUCCAUCAUCACCACCAGCCAAUCCCCUGGUCCGCUCAACAGAAAGGGUGCCCACCCUGAGCUGCCCCUGGAGGACUUGUCCCCAGUCAAUGACCUGAUGUCACCACCUGACGGCACUGAGGUAGAUUUCAUGGAAGCUCUUCUGAAAGGCUCCAGCGUGAGCCCCGAGGAAGACUGGGUGUGCAAUUUAAGGCUGAUUGAUGACAUUUUGGAACAGCAUGCCGCUGCCCAAAAUGCUGCAGCCCAGAAUGCCAGCCGAGUCCCCCAGGAUGCUGGGGGGCUUUAGAUCAGAGGAGGGUGCCCCUGGAAACCCUCAUGUUGACAUCAGUCUAGGGAAGGGUGUCAAUCACAACCAGGUCACAAUCGGUCCCAGACAGCUACAUGUGUCCCCUCGUUACAACUGGAGUGCCAUCGGCCCAUGCCCAUCCCCUCUCUACCCAUGACAAAAUGGAACGCUGGUGAUUUUUGAAGCUAUUUGUACAUAUUUGAAAAUUUUGUAAGUGAUUUUCCUAAACGUUAAUGACAGAAGUGUUUAUACUUCACUUUGUGACUUUGUA